AUGUGUCUAGUGUCAGUGGCAUCGCAAGGUAUGCGACCAUUACCUGAGUCUCCCAAAAGAGGACUGAGAGUAGAUGAAAUUUUAGUAUCCACCAAAUUUGCUGUUGCACACAUGUCCAGCACUGCUUUGUAUUUACUGCCGCUUUUUAAAAUGCAGGUUUCAUUUCCUUUCUUGUCUACAACACAAAACCUGCUUCUAGUAACGCAGAAUUCAUCAAGAGUACAGUCGUUAUUGUCAUACCGAGUGGCACCCCGGUUGCUGAGCUCAACUGAGUUUCGCCAAGAAGCAAAGCGCUAUCGCUGGGAUUUCGGCGAAAUUAACUGA